UCUAAUUUCGAAUAUUAAAUAUUUUCACUUUAGUUUAAUAGUUUUAACGUAAGACCCGUAAAACUCAUGGUUAUAUUCUUAUUAAGCUAGCAAAAAAUGGCACAGCAAAAAGAAAAAAGUACAACAAAACAAAAUAAAGCAGAGACUUCAGCAGUAACUGAAGAACAGGAUGAGGAUAACUAUGGGCCAAUACUAAUUGGCAAAUUAGAGGUUAAUGGUAUUACUGCCCAAGAUAUUAGAAAACUGGCCGAAGCAGGGUUUCAUACGGUUGAAGCCGUUGCGUUUGCUCCUAAAAAGCAACUGCUCGCUAUUAAAGGCAUUUCUGAAGCAAAGGCUGAUAAAAUUCUAUUGGAAGCAACGAAGCUUGUACCAAUGGGAUUUACAACGGCUACCGAUUAUCAUCAAAAGCGCUCUGAAAUAAUACAGUUAACCACUGGUUCUAAGGAGCUGGAUAAACUGCUAGGUGGAGGCAUAGAAACUGGAAGUAUUACAGAGCUAUUCGGCGAAUUUCGAACCGGUAAAACACAGCUCUGUCAUACGUUGGCCGUUACUUGUCAAUUGCCGGUGAGUCAAAACGGUGGCGAGGGAAAAUGUCUUUAUAUUGACACCGAAGGCACGUUUCGGCCAGAACGUUUAUUAGCCGUUGCUGAACGAUAUAAGCUAGUGGGAGCAGAUGUAUUGGACAACGUUGCGUACGCCAGAGCUUACAAUUCCGAUCAUCAAAUGCAGCUUCUAGUGCAAGCAUCGGCAAUGAUGGCCGAAUCCCGAUACGCCUUGCUCAUCGUAGAUAGUGCAACGGCUCUUUUUCGCACGGAUUACAGUGGACGCGGAGAAUUGAAUGCGCGACAGGUUAGCUUGGGUAAAUUUCUACGAAUGUUGCUACGGCUGGCCGACGAAUUCGGUGUAGCCGUGGUAAUCACGAACCAGGUGGUGGCCCAAGUGGACGCUUCUGCAAUGUUCAAUCCAGACCCGAAGAAACCGAUCGGGGGACAUAUUAUUGCACAUGCCUCAACAACUAGGCUGUACUUGCGGAAGGGCCGAGGGGACACCCGCGUAUGCAAAAUAUACGAUUCACCAUGUUUGCCAGAAAGUGAAGCCAUGUACGCCAUUAAUGCGGAUGGUGUUGGUGAUGUAAAGGAGUAGUUCUCCGGCGUUAAGCAUUUGUUGAGUUUAGAUUUUAGUCUAAGAAGAAGCAUUCAGUAGCUUAAAUUUCAUUCGAGGGAAUCUAAUCAGCAACUGUUUUCUACAUUAUGUGUCUGUAUAUUGCAGUGACCAAAUGAAAGCUCAAUCCCUACAUAUCACUCACUAGUCUUUAAAUCACAAUUUUCUCUUGUUUAAAUGAGCGUUUCAUUUUGAGAAUCCUUCUUUGAAAGAAUGUAAUGGAUUUCUUCACUAAUAGAGGGGUUUCGAACAUUCUAUUUCGCUAUUAGGGAUAUAUUUUUCAUUUUAUCUAAAACGGCCAGUUUAAAUUUAAUUAGUUACGGUAAAGUACCUCUAUUAUAACAAAAUAGACUGAUACUUGUCAUCAGGUUGCUAAUAAAUAAAAAAUAACUUGU